AUGGCUGCCCACAGAAGACAAAGAUCUCAUCUCCCUUCUCCACCAGUUUCCCCCUCCCAACAAACACCACGACCACUCCCUCUUCCAGCAGAGAUGACGAGAUACAAAACUUGGCAAACAGCUCGCUCAAGGUCUAUGAAUAUCGCAGGUGUGCCAGUCCCACCUCUAGCACGUCGAUCAGUGACAGCACCUGUGAUCGGUACCACCUCCGAGAAAUUCAUAUAUUGUGACCGGAGUUCAUCACCCGAAUCCGAACUCGUCCCAAAGCCCGUAGUGAAACCCGAAGCGCCUAGUCGGUACACUACGUCGUACUACCAUAUUCUUGGACUACCAGAGAGUCCUGAUGUUACCACCGAGGAGAUUGAAGAGGCCUUUCAAAGGCUCGUAUCAAACCCAUCUUCCCACCCAUCACACAACUAUGAAAAUCUUGAGCAGAUUCGUAAAACGCUCACUAGCUCCAUCAGACGACGCACCUACGAUCAUGGUCGCCGUGCUCACUUACUACACCAGUCUCAACUGAAAGAUCGGGAGCGUUUUGAAAAAAAGCGCCACAACUGUGACGAUCUUCCAAAAGCUCCAAGAAUCACUGCUCAAGAGAUCAAGUCAUUCACCGAUGAUAUGAGGAUGAAAAGUCUAGAGAGCGAAUUGAAGAUGGUGAAAAAAGAGGUGACGGCAACCUUUAAAAGGAAAGUCAAAAACAUGGGACUGAGUUUGAGUUUGGAUGGAUUGGACGAGGAAGAGGGAGUACCUUGGGAGGAAAUGGAUUUUGGUACUAGGAGUUCCCAAAUUGUGGGGGAAAGAAUGGGCCUUGAAUUCGAAUUCAACGGGUCUGGUAGUGAGGACGAUUCCGGGGAUGAAGAUGGAUCUGAAGGCACGUUUUCAGACGGAGAGGAAGAACGAGAAGAACGAAAAGAGCCCGGAAGAUCCGAAGAGUCUGAAGAAAUCAAAAAGCUGGAGGAAUUUGAAGAAUUGUCUUUGUCUGCAAUGACAGGACUAUUCUCGAAGGUAUCUUCUUGUGAACUCGAAAAGGCUGUGACUGCUCAAAAGAUGGCUCCCAAAGAUGAUCAAGAAACAUUGGAUGUCAAGGAAGAAAGACUAUCUGCGUCUGAAAAAGUGGUACCAGCUCCACAGGCAGAUUCUCCCAACAUCACAACGGCAUCGCCCCCUGCAGAAAUAACCUCGAAAAGCGAAAACGAGACGUCAGAAGUGAAGGACGCGGAUGAGAGAAUUCCAGAUAUCCCCAAAACGACUUCAGAAAUAAUCUCGAUAUCUGAAUCCAACAGGGAAUUUGUGGGAACUAAAAUUGCAGCACGAGAAAUGCCAGAAAUCCCCAAACCCAUCAUAACAACCUCGACACUGCUGAUCGACACCAAUCUCCCCAACAUCCUCAACAUCGUCGAACUCCUAUACCCAACCCCCCCUCCCUCCCCAGAAGCAAAGCCGAAAAAGAAAAAGCAAAAGAAUGCCUGCAAAGAAAUCUGGGAAUUCGACUACAACACCGAAUCUGAAUGCGAUUAUCCUUCUGAUGGGGAUUCCGAGUCCGAGUCCGACACUAAGCCUUCUUCAUCAAAGAAGCUCCAGAUAUUCCCCUCAUCCUCCCUAUCUCUCCUUCCCCCUCCAAGCCAAAUCCACGAACUCCCCGGCUCCGAAAUCUGGGAACACGAUUACCCAAACCCCAACCCUGACCCCCAUGCCUCCAGCGAACAAGAAAAGGAGGAAGAGCACGAAACCAUAAUUCUCUUCCUCCAAUUUCUCAUCGUUUUUGCCCUCGCGACUGCUGCGUUAGCUGGGAUGGACAUGGCUACAAAGAUAGAUGGAUAG